AACUCCACCGUCCACCUUUGGUUCUUUCUCCAACCCCUAGUCCAUCCCGUGUUAAGUUAUCUAUAUAUAGCAGGCACGAUUAUGGUUUCUUAGCUCCAUCUCGGAUUCUUCUGAGGUUGAAAACUAGUUUAUGUGUCCAUGGAUUCCAAAUCCUCUCCUGUUGAGAUGUUUUUCUUUCCCUUUGUAGGAGGAGGCCACCAAAUUCCCCUAAUAGACAUGGCAAGAAUGUUCGCAGCCCACGGCGCCAUCCCCACCAUCAUCACGACCCCAAAGCACGCCCUGUACUUCCAAAAAUCCAUCCUCCGUGACCAACAAUCUGGCCGCGCAAUCUCCAUCCACACCCUCCAGCUACCAGAAGGUGUUGAUUUACCAGAAACCAACAUGUCUGCACCACCCAGCACAGAUACCUCCAUGCUACUAGAACCACUGAGGAACUUGCUGCUCCAAACCAGACCCGACUGCAUCGUCCACGACUCAUUCCACCGCUGGGCUGCAGAUGCAAUCGACAACCUUGGGAUUGGGAUUCCGAGAAUUGUGUUCAACGGGAACGGUUGCUUCCCUCGCUGCGUGCAAGAAAAUAUACACAGAUUCAAGCCGCAUGAGAAGGUGGAUUCUGAUUACGAACCUUUUCAGAUUCCAGAUCUUCCCGAUCGGAUUGAAUUAACCAAAUCUCAGCUUCCAAUGUUCCGAAUCAGACAUAUGAACGGUGGCGACGGCGGUCCUAAGAGAAUGCAUAAACCCGACGAGAAAAAUUUCGGGGUUGUGGUGAAUAGUUUCUAUGAAUUGGAAUCGACAUAUGUAGAAUACUUCAAGAAAGAAUUGGGGAAUAGGGCAUGGCUCGUCGGACCAGUGUCCUUAUGCAACAGAGGCGUCGACGAUAAAGCUGAGAGAGGGCGAAAGGCCUCCAUUGACGAGCAGAGCAUUCUCAAUUGGCUCAAUUCUAAAGAACCCAACUCCGUCCUUUACAUUAGUUUCGGAAGCUUAGCUCGAUUAGCCCCAGAUCAACUCCUCGAGAUUGCCUACGGUCUUGAGUCUUCCGGCCACUCGUUCAUUUGGGUGGUCGGCGAAAUCUUCAAAUCUGAGGGGAAAACUGAUGGAAAUUGGCUUCCGGCCGGAUUUGAAGAGAGGAUUAAGGAAUCUAAGAGAGGAAUGAUAAUCAGAGGAUGGGCACCGCAAUUAUUGAUACUAGAGCAUGCUGCAGUGGGAGGGUUCGUGACCCACUGCGGUUGGAACUCAACAUUGGAGGGGGUGAGCGCUGGGGUUCCUAUGGUUACAUGGCCGAUAACGGCAGAGCAGUUUUCGAAUGAGAAAUUGAUAACUGACGUGUUGAAGAUUGGAGUCAAAGUGGGGAACCUGGAGUGGGCUUCGUGGAGCACAGAGCCCACGGCGGCGGUGGGUAGAGAGAAAGUGGAGGUGGCGGUGAGGAGGCUGAUGGGUGGCGGUGAAGAGGCGACAGAGAUGAGAAGGAAAGCUAGGGAGCUUAGGGAGAAGGCUAAGAGAGCCGUGGAAGACGGUGGCUCCUCGUACAAAGAUGCCGAUGCUUUAAUUCAGGAGCUGAACGCUCGCCGGAAACCCGAAUGAAAUUAACCAUGACAGGAUUCAUAGUUUACAGGAUGAUUGUAAAUUAAGAGUGGGCAGUGAAAUUAUUAAAUUAUUCUUCAUAAAAUAAUAUAAGAUAGAGUUUAUUUGAUAGAUGGUAAUAAAUAUAUUAUUUUAUA